GUGUGUUGACUAUCUCCAGACGACACGGUCAGUGGAAUGCCUCAACCUGACCUACCGAGAUGAGAGUUUUUCUGACCACAAAAUUUUGCAGGGUACUUUUACAGCUGCUUGCAAUGUGGAUCCAGCAAUGCGAAUGAUAGGGACAAGGUCUUUUUUGCCUGGCAAUGUGAGUCUUAACGACUGGACAACAGCUCUUGACAAAGCGUGGGAACAUGUGAGGGUGCCCCGCGAGAGCAAUACUGAACAGGAAUGGUUGGAGUUCAAUCAAAUGGCUGAAGCAGCAUCUAUGCGUGCAUUGGAAAGUUUGAAUGUGCAAAAGGCGCGGCCACCUUGCAUCCGUCCAAAGGGCAGCCUUCCUGUCUUCGCUGCUCCAUCCACUGACGUGGAUUUCAAAAGCAACUGCAAAACCUUUCGUUGGCGUAAACUUGCCAAACUGCUUGGUCGCAUCAGGGAAUAUCAACGCCAACUUUAUGCUGGUCGAAGUCCUCAACACUUGUUGCAGAACAUCAAGCGCACGUGGCCGAAUAGCCUUGCUUUCUCUGCUGAUUGGACAAUCAAUGAGCAAAGAGUGGAAGAUGAAAUGCAAGCCGUUGCUGAAUUUGCCAAGCAGCAGAGGCUAGACACUUGGAAGCGGAACAUGCUGAAAGGUGGCCGUGAGGCCACAAAAUGGUUGAACAAUCAUGCCAAUGUUGUUUCGCCUUCUCUCUUGUAUGACAGUGGUGGGCGGCGCGUGUCUACAUAUGGUCCGAACGAUAGCCUUGAGCAACUCAAAGGUUUCUGGGACUCUAUUUGGUAUCGAUACAGCAAUGUCGAUCUGGACUUCGCUUUGCAGCAGUGGCAGCGGGAGGGGCGCCGAUCCCAGUUAGACUCCUUCAACAUCAAUGCUCAAGAUUUGUGGAUGAGCGCGCGCAAAUCUUCUGGUUCCAGCGCGGGACCGGACGGUUGGACUGGAGACGAAGUUGCCGCCUGGCCGCUUCGUUCACCUGCCAAAAGAAAUGUCUGCGAAGAUGGUGGUGCAGUGCACGUCUCGAACAUGCGCCCAAUUUGUGUGCAAUCUAUCCUUUGGAGAGUGGUUGCUUCAAGUAUCACACGUCAUGCCAACGUCACUCGAUGGUUGCAGCAAGUCCUACCACCUGAAGCUCACGGUGGUAUUCCUGGCCGUGGCAUUGACACAGCGGUCUCUUCUUUGGAAGAGGCAUUCCAAAAGAGAAGUUCCAUUUUGGUGACUAUGGACUACAGUAAGUGCUUUGACAUGGUUGCUCCUCGUCUGGCUUUAAAGACUUUGGAAGCGGCUGGUUUCCCUGAUGUUUGGUGUGCCAUGUUGAGCCAUGUGUGGCUGGAUCAACACCGCUGGCUUCAGUUGGGUCAAAACUUUUUGCCCCAAGCUUCAAUUGUCUCAGAAAGUCUCCCCCAGGGUGACUCCUUCUCGCCUUUGACUCUGAAUGUUUUGCUGUCCUCUCCAGUACGGGAUGUGGCUCUGCAGGAACAACGUACAAACUUUGUCCAAGCUGUUUUUCUUGAUGACAGGACCUAUGUGGCAGUCAAUCCGUCGCAGGCGCGCCGCGUCUUUUUGACUUGGGAGUGGUGGAGCAAGGUCUUGGGCCUUCGUGAGAACAUGUCCAAGCUGAAGAUCAUUUCACGUCAAAAGGCUCAACAUGCUGAACUUCUGCAGGUGGGUUUUCCUCGGCAAACGCUGACCUCACAAGCAAGGGUGUUGGGCAUCGAUUUUUGUGAUCGUUUGAAUAUGGCUUCUCGUUCUACGGCAAAUAAGCGUGUUCAGGCUGCUGAGCUUCAAGCACGGAGACUCUGCAAAACCAAAGCGGUGCCUCUUCAGGCCAAGAAAAUGUUGUGGCGGACUCGCAUUGUCCCCAAGGCAGCAUGGGGGUGUUUCUUUCACAUGCCAAAGAUGACCUCCCUGCAGGCUGCUUAUCGCAAGUUCAUGUUUGUGCACGCACUGGGCUCACCUGAUUUGAGAUGUAUUUUGGAUGGGCACACUUCUGACCUUCAUUUCGUGGCUGGCUCUCUAGUUGCAAGCGCUUUGCGCAAAAUGGCCAUCUCGGGCCGUGUCCGCUGGUAUGAGCAGCCAAAAUGCGGUACAUGGUUGCACACCGUUCAAAGGUGGCUUUCAGAGUUUGGGUGGCAGGUCGCUGGACCUUGGAAAUGGUGUCAUGCUGCAUGUCGGCUCUCUAUGGACUGGAUGGAACUCCUCGAUAUGCCCAACCAGGAACCUAGUGUCCUAGCCUGGGACCACUUAUGCUGGUACUGCGGUGCCUUUGAUGAAGUGAGACCUGCAAUUCCGCAGGAUUUGAUGCAGAGACGUUUAGGUACUCGAGCCGGCGACAGCAGCGCCUCCAAGCGGGUGCCGGCGGGCCGUUCUACGGUGCAGAAUGCUGCUGCAAAGGCUGGGUUGUGUCAAGGUGGGGCCGUCACAGGUGGCUCAAACAAACUGCUGGCAAUUUUGUCCAAGUGCUUAGCAGAAUACGAAAGUGAAAGUGAUCCCGCUGCAAAUGGUGUGGAUAGUGAACAACAGUUGCUGGAGGAACUACAAAAGCUGGUUCAGAGACAGCCAAAAAAUUUGUUGCAAGAGCUGAAAGCACUGGUGGCGAAGUUCACUCGUGCAGAAGCUGAGAAAAGACACAGUCACUGGAAUGGUGCCUCAUUGCAACCCAAAAACGAUUGGGUUACAGUUGUCCGUGGCAAGCCCAAAAAACCCACGAACGCAGAGAAAGGACCGGCAGUGAACCAACAGCUGCCGGGAAAGUUGAGAGCAGAUGACUGGAAUGCCAAGAUAGCUCAAACGUCAGAUGAGCUUGAGAAGCUGUUGCAGACAGAGAAAAAAGUUGUGCUCGCUCCUGUGAAGAGCGAUUUUGCGGCCGACAUGUGGGCACUUCUUAAAGCUUUCCCAACUGCCAAAGCCACACUUGUUUUGCCAGAGUCCUUUCCGGUGCAUGAGUUGUCCACUAGUUUAGAUUCCACAAGCUGCAUUGCGAGAGUGCCUAUGCUGGUGCGAGGAGCUAUUGUGCAACCGAAAGUUUGUUUGCUGAAAAAAGGAGGCGCGGAUGCGCCGCAAUUUGACCGGAAAGAAGUGUCAAUCAAAAGUGAUGGGAAAAAAGUUGAGACGGUAGUUUUGCGAGCAGCCACCCACAGAGAUUUGGUGGCCAAUUUUGAAAGAUUACAGCGAAAUCCCGGACAAUCUGUCCGCUCCUGGAUUCAAUGGUCAAAGAGUUGUCCCUUAACUCAAGUUGGGGACACAUGGGGAUGGAACUUGUCAGGUCAAAUCGUUUCUGGUGUAAUGAGAGUUGACCUGAGAGCAGUCCCUGCGCUACUGCGAGCUAGUGGCCAACGCCAUCAGUGUCAUCGUUGGUAUUUUGAGCCACUGCGUUUUGAUGCUCCUUUGUCCAAGCCAUUUGACAAACUCCCUGAGACACAUUGGGUACAGGAUGUGAGUUUGACUAUGGAACAGAAAGCAGCCAAAGCUGAAAAACAAGCAGUUUUGUCUGACCUGGGUGUUAGACUUGGCACCCGACAUGUAGGUGUACGGCAGAUUCCUUCUUCAAGCAAUUCGCCAAGGCCUCGUAUUUGGAAAGCCACUGGGAUACCCCGCUUUAUGGGGGUGGAAGACAUUGAAAACGUGCUCACUUCUGCGGGUUUUUCUGAUUUUGAACCUUUGGAAAAAUUCCGUUGGAGACAAUACACUGGAUAUACUUUCAAAGCUUUGCGGUCUGACGACAAAGAUGUUUUGACUGUCAAAUAUGGUGAGACUCCCAUUGAAGUCUGUACUCAAGGGCGACGACAGCAGCAGCGUCGUGUGACUAUGCCUUUGCCAGGUGAACGACGUGUCCAUUUUGGUCGCAAAGAGCACACUGCAUCAGCGGUGGAAGUCGAAGAACAAGAAGUGCCUGCUACAAUUCCAGACACACCCAUGGAAGAAAAGGAUGAGGACGAUGCUGGAAUGGAGGGAGCUACAAAACGAGCUCAAAGCACUUCACCUGAGAAACAGCCACCGAAAAAGCUGAAGGCUGAUACCAGCCUCCGAGGUUUUACCGAAAGAAGCAACCCUGGAAAUGGCGACUGCCUUUUUUGGUCGCUCUCACAAAGUUUGGAACAUGCAGGCGCCAGUAGCAAAACGCCUUUGCAAUGCCGAGCAGCAUGUGUUGCACACCUCACCAAGUAUGCUGAGGCUUACAGUCGGCACUGGGAUGGCUGUCACCCUCAGCAGGGUGACCAUGUUAUGCAAGAGCGCAAGUUCGAACAGUACUUGGAAGAAGUGGGAAAACCCCAAGCCUGGGGCAGUGCGCUUGAAGUCACUGCUUUUUCCAAUACGCAAGACAGACCCAUCUACGUUGUUUCUCCUGCUGAUGACAUGGUAUAUGUUUUCAAUCGAAACGGGCAGCGAAAAGCUUUGUUUUUGAAGUAUGACAAAAGCAGCCAGCACUACACGAGCUUGAUCCCAGACUCUGCUGAGUCGCCACCAAGCUUCACCACUGUGUGCGACGGUCCUCAUGUUGGCCUUCGUGGUGCGGCAAAGUCUUCUUCUGCUGGCACAAGAAUAAGCGUCCAGAAGAAGCUCAAGCAAAAGCUGGAGACACAGUCAGCUGGAACAAGAACUUCCGUCCGGAAGCGUUUGGGUGGACGAAUUCGACCUGGGGAAAAUCAGUCCAUAUCCUCAGCGUUUCAUUCUCAAGCACCUCCUCCUUUGACAAGAGGCACCAAUGGCCGAGGUCAUGAUGGCCCUCCAGAUUCCCUGAGCGAAGUUUGCACGUGGCACUGUCCUGUUUGUAUGCGGACACUCCGAGCAAAGCAGUUCUCUUUGCUAUCUAAAAAGCGAAACGGACAUAUCAGAAAUGUUCAUCCCAACAUGCCAAAGUCAUCCUUUCAUACUUUGAGGACGCACUAUGAUCCUGUCCCUACCCGACCUGUUGGUGAACUUCCUCGCCAAGGUGUUUGGAUCUGUGAAUACUGUGGUCAAGGGCUGCCAUCGAUGCCUGAGCCCCAAAAGAGGUUGAGCAUUACGUGUCACUUCAAGCAAUGCGGUCAGGCUCCAAGAAAUGCAACAAGGAACACAAAUGCAAAGAAAAGAAGACGUAGCAAAGCUGGAUGGAUGGGACAUAAUUUCGUCCAAAACUGCAGAGAAGAGUGCCGUGUGUACGGGGAAACAACCGGGCACACCCUUGUCUAUUGUCCUGGCGAUAAAGAGCGUUAUUCUACGGUGGUCUGCUCUGCUUGCACGCGUUUCUGGAAUUCCCUGGCCGAUGUCAAGAGAUAUGCAGACAAAAUCAACAAACAGAAAGGAGUUAAGUGCCCUGGAAACCGAGGCCGCCGUCAACAACUUCGCAGGAAAAGCACUCUUCAAUUGUGGUCCAACUACCCUACUUGGAGGCAACGUUUGGCAAAGGCGUGGUGUUUGCUGCCCGAAGAGCGCAACCUUUUGAAUUCUGUGCCCAAUGACUUUACAAAGGUUGCCCAAGAAAAUGGUCACCAAGUUGUUUCGAUGCCGGACUUCCGCACAACAGCUGGUUAUGGUGUUACCGCAUAUGCAUGCAAAUCUUGUGCACAGAUGUGGUGUAGUCCAAGUGCGUUCUUUGGAAGAAUCAGACAAGGAUGCAAUGUGAAAUGCCCUGGGAAAAAAGGCAGAGCUGUUUUGUUGAAUAGCAGAAAGCGGCGGCAAAACUGGCAACAAUGGUCACCAAAGCAAAGGAAGCUUUUGACGCAGGCCUGGCGGCUCCAGCGGCAUGAGCAAGAUGUCUUGAAGCAGCCAGCCCUACAGAAAACCAGGUGGCAACGUAGGCUGGUGGAGGACGGCGACAUUGAGGAGAAUCCUGGCCCGUGUUGUCUUUUUUGGUGCCUCAAUGUCCGUGGUCGUGAAGGUGCUUAUCGUUUCCUGGAUUUACUGGCAGCUGAAAAGAACAAGCCGCAUGUUGUGGCUUUGCAAGAAACAAACAUGGAUGAGCGUGAAGCCCAGCAGUUUUCACGUUUUGCAAUGGCUCGUGGAUACAGGUCCUGGCACGUUACUUUACCACCUCGGCUUGAUGCUCGUGGAAAUGAGCUUCAGAGGCGCGGUGUGUGCCUCUUGGCCCGGAAGGAUGUGCGCGCUACGCACCAGUGUGGCAGCUCAACUGAAUUUGGCGAAUUUUUGGCAGUGGAUUUUUGCACUUUCAUGGUCAUCAAUGUCUAUCAACGGCCACGCACAGCCGCAACGGGUAUGCAUUCUGAAUUGCAUGAUGUUGUGACUGCACAGCAACAUGGUUUUCCUAUUAUUAUGAUGGGUGAUUGGAACGAACCUCCUCCUUCGAAGAGCGAUGAUUUUCUUCUCUGGUAUGUGCAUGAGGAGGGUCAACCUGUCGCGAGCAGAUGGGAUGGGGAUAGGUGUGUUGACUAUCUCCAGACGACACGGUCAGUGGAAUGCCUCAACCUGACCUACCGAGAUGAGAGUUUUUCUGACCACAAAAUUUUGCAGGGUACUUUUACAGCUGCUUGCAAUGUGGAUCCAGCAAUGCGAAUGAUAGGGACAAGGUCUUUUUUGCCUGGCAAUGUGAGUCUUAACGACUGGACAACAGCUCUUGACAAAGCGUGGGAACAUGUGAGGGUGCCCCGCGAGAGCAAUACUGAACAGGAAUGGUUGGAGUUCAAUCAAAUGGCUGAAGCAGCAUCUAUGCGUGCAUUGGAAAGUUUGAAUGUGCAAAAGGCGCGGCCACCUUGCAUCCGUCCAAAGGGCAGCCUUCCUGUCUUCGCUGCUCCAUCCACUGACGUGGAUUUCAAAAGCAACUGCAAAACCUUUCGUUGGCGUAAACUUGCCAAACUGCUUGGUCGCAUCAGGGAAUAUCAACGCCAACUUUAUGCUGGUCGAAGUCCUCAACACUUGUUGCAGAACAUCAAGCGCACGUGGCCGAAUAGCCUUGCUUUCUCUGCUGAUUGGACAAUCAAUGAGCAAAGAGUGGAAGAUGAAAUGCAAGCCGUUGCUGAAUUUGCCAAGCAGCAGAGGCUAGACACUUGGAAGCGGAACAUGCUGAAAGGUGGCCGUGAGGCCACAAAAUGGUUGAACAAUCAUGCCAAUGUUGUUUCGCCUUCUCUCUUGUAUGACAGUGGUGGGCGGCGCGUGUCUACAUAUGGUCCGAACGAUAGCCUUGAGCAACUCAAAGGUUUCUGGGACUCUAUUUGGUAUCGAUACAGCAAUGUCGAUCUGGACUUCGCUUUGCAGCAGUGGCAGCGGGAGGGGCGCCGAUCCCAGUUAGACUCCUUCAACAUCAAUGCUCAAGAUUUGUGGAUGAGCGCGCACAAAUCUUCUGGUUCCAGCGCGGGACCGGACGGUUGGACUGGAGACGAAGUUGCCGCCUGGCCGCUUCGUGCUUGGCAGGUGUAUGCCAAGUUGCUGGCCCGUUGGCAGGCACGUCGACAAUGGCCUGAAGCAUGGAAACAUGUGAGGCAGGUUCACCUGCCAAAAGAAAUGUCUGCUGAAGAUGGUGGUGCAGUGCACGGCUCGAACAUGCGCCCAAUUUGUGUGCAAUCUAUCCUUUGGAGAGUGGUUGCUUCAAGUAUCACACGUCAUGCCAACGUCACUCGAUGGUUGCAGCAAGUCCUACCACCUGAAGCUCACGGUGGUAUUCCUGGCCGUGGCAUUGACACAGCGGUCUCUUCUUUGGAAGAGGCAUUCCAAAAGAGAAGUUCCAUUUUGGUGACUAUGGACUACAGUAAGUGCUUUGACAUGGUUGCUCCUCGUCUGGCUUUAAAGACUUUGGAAGCGGCUGGUUUCCCUGAUGUUUGGUGUGCCAUGUUGAGCCAUGUGUGGCUGGAUCAACACCGCUGGCUUCAGUUGGGUCAAAACUUUUUGCCCCAAGCUUCAAUUGUCUCAGAAAGUCUCCCCCAGGGUGACUCCUUCUCGCCUUUGACUCUGAAUGUUUUGCUGUCCUCUCCAGUACGGGAUGUGGCUCUGCAGGAACAACGUACAAACUUUGUCCAAGCUGUUUUUCUUGAUGACAGGACCUAUGUGGCAGUCAAUCCGUCGCAGGCGCGCCGCAUCUUUUUGACUUGGGAGUGGUGGAGCAAGGUCUUGGGCCUUCGUGAGAACAUGUCCAAGCUGAAGAUCAUUUCACGUCAAAAGGCUCAACAUGCUGAACUUCUGCAGGUGGGUUUUCCUCGGCAAACGCUGACCUCACAAGCAAGGGUGUUGGGCAUCGAUUUUUGUGAUCGUUUGAAUAUGGCUUCUCGUUCUACGGCAAAUAAGCGUGUUCAGGCUGCUGAGCUUCAAGCACGGAGACUCUGCAAAACCAAAGCGGUGCCUCUUCAGGCCAAGAAAAUGUUGUGGCGGACUCGCAUUGUCCCCAAGGCAGCAUGGGGGUGUUUCUUUCACAUGCCAAAGAUGACCUCCCUGCAGGCUGCUUAUCGCAAGUUCAUGUUUGUGCACGCACUGGGCUCACCUGAUUUGAGAUGUAUUUUGGAUGGGCACACUUCUGACCUUCAUUUCGUGGCUGGCUCUCUAGUUGCAAGCGCUUUGCGCAAAAUGGCCAUCUCGGGCCGUGUCCGCUGGUAUGAGCAGCCAAAAUGCGGUACAUGGUUGCACACCGUUCAAAGGUGGCUUUCAGAGUUUGGGUGGCAGGUCGCUGGACCUUGGAAAUGGUGUCAUGCUGCAUGUCGGCUCUCUAUGGACUGGAUGGAACUCCUCGAUAUGCCCAACCAGGAGCGUUUCAAGUUUUUGCUGGAUAAAUUUGAUCAUGGUAUUCGUGAAACAUGGAGGUUUACGCAUUUUUCUGCUUGGCUGAAGAGUAAACGUCGAGAUGCGACAGCACUCAGAGGAUUUGUUUUUUUACGAUGA